GUUAAUGGGGAACCUGGCUGCAUGUUAUUAAAGUGUCAUGUAAAUGUAUCAUAAUGCUCAUUACAGACGUUCAGAUUUAUAGUAUUUUCUUCAGACUGUACUGUCAAUGGUACAGUAGCUAACGUUACUCAGUCAACCACAGGCAGCAGGGCAGGGGAAGGGAGGACUGACGACGAGGGAAAGUGGGGAGAGAGGAAGAACUCGUGGCCUGCCUGACCUACCACCAUAUAUUUUCAUGCGAAGAAACUGCACGAUCAAUAACCCCUGUUUUUGGUCCGCCAAAAACAACUCUGGCCCGGGCCUCACUCAGUCCGCGGUCUUGAGUUGGGCAGGGUGAUUGAAGCACGUCUAUCGGUGUCGCAGCGCGUCUUUUCCACCAAGGAGGCAGUCAUGGGCGACAGCAGAGAUUCCCGCAGCCCAGACAGCUCCUCUGUGUCCUCCCCUCCCUCGGGCCAGCGCUCACCCCCUCUGACCCCCACAGCUGCCGCCAUGACGUCUCUGCCGCCCUUCACCUCGGACAUCAACAGCCCCAUCAGCAGCAUGGGCUCGCCCUUCUCUGUCAUCAGCUCCUCUUUGGGGUCGCCAAGCCUGCCCGGGACACCCUCGGUGGGCUACGGCCCCAUUAGCAGCCCCCAGAUCAACUCCACAGUGUCCAUGUCGGGACUGCACGCGGUCAGCAGCUCGGACGACGUGAAGCCUCCGUUCGGGCUGGGGGGCCAUAGCCCAGGGGGCCCCAUGAUCUCCCAGAAGCGCCUGUGUGCCAUCUGCGGCGACCGCUCCUCCGGUAAGCACUACGGAGUGUACAGCUGCGAAGGCUGCAAGGGUUUCUUCAAGCGCACGGUGCGCAAGGACCUGAGCUACACCUGCCGGGACAGCAAGGACUGCCUGGUGGACAAGCGCCAGCGCAACCGCUGCCAGUACUGCCGCUACCAGAAGUGCCUGGCCUGUGGCAUGAAGAGGGAAGUGGUCCAAGAUGAACGACAGAGAUCUGUACAGGAAGAGCGCCAGAGGAACAAGGAGCGGGAGAGUGAGGCGGAGUCGACCAGCGCCGUCAACGAGGAGAUGCCCGUGGAAAAGAUCCUGGAGGCCGAGAUGGCCGUAGAGCAGAAGACCGAGGUGCAUGCCGACGGGACCUCCGAGGGCAGCUCGCCCAAUGACCCGGUCACCAACAUUUGCCAGGCUGCAGACAAGCAGCUGUUUACCCUGGUAGAGUGGGCCAAGAGGGUCCCCCACUUCUCUGAGCUGGCCCUGGACGACCAGGUCAUCCUGCUACGCGCCGGUUGGAACGAGCUGCUGAUUGCCUCCUUCUCUCACCGCUCCAUCAGCGUGAAAGAUGGCAUCCUACUGGCCACUGGCCUGCAUGUGCACAGGAACAGCGCCCACAGCGCUGGCGUGGGAGCCAUCUUCGACAGGGAGAGUGCGCACAAUGCAGAGGUUGGGGCCAUAUUUGACAGAGUUCUCACUGAGCUGGUCAGUAAGAUGAGAGACAUGCAGAUGGACAAGACCGAGCUCGGGUGCCUCCGAGCCAUCAUCCUCUUCAACCCAGAUGCCAAGGGCCUUUCCAGCUCCAGUGAAGUGGAAUUGCUGAGGGAGAAGGUAUACGCAUCGCUGGAGUCCUAUUGUAAACAGAGAUACCCCGACCAGCAGGGCAGGUUCGCUAAGCUCCUCCUCCGGCUGCCAGCGCUACGCUCCAUUGGCCUGAAGUGCCUGGAGCACCUGUUCUUCUUCAAGCUGAUUGGCGACACCCCUAUCGACACGUUCCUCAUGGAGAUGCUGGAGGCGCCCCACCAGCUGACCUAGGAACCAGGUUCUGCUCUGGUCCAUCAGGGGUUCUAGUUCUGGCACCCUGGUUCUGGGACUUCACCAUGUCUGCUGGUUUUGACGUCCCGCUCACACAAACCCCACCAACCUUCUUCACUCAUUAAAUCCCCCCAAGCUGAUACAGCUCCAAAAGACCAUAUGCUGUUAAAAACAAACACUUUUUCCAGAAACACAUACUUUUUCACAGUAGUGGUUAAGACACAUGGAUAUAUCUCAUUUUUAACCACAUAUACAAGUUUUAUCAUGAGUUAGCUAUCAGUUUGUAGCCUUCAGCUUUGAGUGUAAACGCUUCUGCGAUAUCCGGUAGACCUCUCAGCUUCUUGUGGGGUUCGUAGGUUAUUCAGAUACAUUGCUGCACGCAUAGAUAUGACGAGUGGCUCACUCUGUCUUUGGUUUUACUCUUGGGUUUACCCCAAACCCGUCAUAAUCAGGUGCGUAAUAUUUCAAUCAAGUCUCCCAACUUUUCCAGCUUCUAUUGGUCGGGACACAACCAACGGAGGCAGACGCGCCCCUCUCAGUUCACCAAUCCGAAUGUGAUUUGAAUACUAUGCUUUAUUCACGCUGAAAUGCGCUGAAUUUGUUUUGAAGUACUGUACUCAUAAAAUGAGACCUUUUUAAGGCCUUGAAAUCCAAGGAGGGGGACUUUGAUUGGCCCUUCUUAAAGCUCACACCAGGCUUUCAAAGAAAGAAGGUGACUUAUAGGAUGUUUUCUUUUGUUUCUUUGUGGCGUUUGGUCUUCAAGUCCCAACAAGGGCCAUUGGGCACAGAAAGUGCAACCUUGUUCAAGAGCACUGCGUUCAUUGGUGCUGUUGUAGAUCUUUCUUUUGUUUCAUACCCUAUCCUUGCUAAUGGUCAUUUUUGCAUUCUGUGAAACGUUACUGUGUAAGUAAACAUUUAGCAGAAACCCUUCUGCCCAUCUUUCAGAAACUGGGGGCGACCACAACACACACGUCAUUGAAUGAACCUCUGCCCAUCUUUCAUCAUAUGUCUUCUUAAGAACCAAUAUGUUCACGAGGGUGCUUCGUUCGGUGAAAUGGCCGUCCGUUCUAAGAAAGCCAGGAUAUCAUUGGAUAUCUUGUUCUAUUGGCUUACAAUACCCCUACAAACCCCCCUUCUGAAUCCUCCGCUUGUUUCAUUCCGUGCUUGCAGCCUCUUUCCGUUAACUUUUUACCAUCUGUAAAUAAGAUGACACAUCUACUCCUUCACUCGAGUACGAUUGGGUAAUCCCAAUCUAUGCAUACAGUAGGGAAGACACAGGCGUUAGCGAGCAUAUUAAUACCCACACACAACAAAAAGUAUGCACCGAUAGCACGAGCUACAGUGUGAACAGCUAUUGUACACAUUCAACAUGUACUGUAAAAAAACUUGAAGGGUUUUACCAAUAGACUGGAUUUAAAGCUUGAAAAACCCACCUAAUUGUCACUGACUAGUAGGUUGCUAGUAGUUGUACUAGUAGUUGUGAUGGUAUUCUUUCGGGCCACUGUCGGCAGUGUUACGGGCAGGGCGAUAGACCCCGCCCCCUUAGGCUGACCAGCUUCAGACGAUACUUCCUGUUUAGCAGGCUUCAGCGGAUGUAAUGUGUGGUCUGCUUACACAAAGCUAUGCACCAGGGGCUGAUUCAGCUCCCCAUAACAGAAAUGGAUGUCAACACAUUAGAUACAAACUAUGAACAGAAAUAUAAAAAGAGCAUCAUUACACACAACGUAAGCAGUAUCGGUGGAAUAAAUAAAGAAUGAGACCAUAUACAGUGGCUUGCGAAAGUAUUCACCACCCUUGGCAUUUUUCCUAUUUUGUUGCCUUACAACCUGGAAUUAAAAUUGAUUUUUGGGGGGGGUUGUAUCAUUUGAUUUACACAACAUGCCUACCACUUUGAAGAUUAAAAUAUUUUUUCUAGUGAAACAAACAAGAAAUAAGACAAAAAAACAGAAAGGUUGAGCGUGCAUAACUAUUCACCCCCCCAAAGUCAAUACUUUGUAAAUCCACCUUUUGCAGCAAUUACAGCUGCAAGUCUCUUGGGGUAUGUCUCUAUAAGUUUGGCACAUCUAGCCCCUGGGAUUUUUGCCCAUUCUUCAAGGCAAAAUUGCUCCAGCUCCUUCAAGUUGGAUGGGUUCAGCUGGUGUACGGCAAUCUUUAAGACAUACCACAGAUUCUCUAUUGGACUGAGGUCUGGGCUUUGACUAGGCCAUUCCAAGACAUUUAAAUGUUUCCCCUUAAACCACUCUUUGGUCUUCAUGGUACCGCUUGCUUGGUGGUGCCCCUUGCUUAGUGGUGUUGCAGACUCUGUGGCCUUUCAGAACAGGUGUAUAUAUAUUGAGAUCAUAUGACACUUAGAUUGCACACAGGUGGACUUUAUUUAACUAAUUAUGUGUCUUCUGAAGGUAAUUGGUUGCACUAGAUCUUAUUUAGGGGCUUCAUAGCAAAGGGAGUGAAUACGUAUGUACCCACCACUUUUCCAUUUAUAAUUUUUUGAAACAAGUAAAAAAAAAAAAUCAUUUCACUUCACCAAUUUGGACUAUUUUGUGUAUGUCCAUUACAUGAAAUUAAAUUACAGGUUGUAAUGCAACAAAAUAGAAAAAACGCCAAGGGGAAUGAAUACUUUUGCAAGGCACUGUAGGUAUCCCUUUCCAUAUUGUGGCCAUAAAAACAUUUAGAUGGGUGAUUUCUGAAGUGUAUUUAGAGAUUGGUAUGAUUUACCAUUCAGAAAUGAUGAUGAAGAAUAGAAGUUGCUGUAUCACCUUACUGGACAGUAGUUCAGCUGUCCUAAACUGGGUGCUACUCAUAUGGUCUUACAAUUAUAGACAUGCUUGUUUGCACCAGAGGAGGCUGGUGGGAGGAGCUAUAGGAGGAUGGGCUCAUUGUAAUGGCUGGAACGGAAUAAAUGGAACGGAGUCAAGCAUAUUUGGUACCAUUCCAUGAAUUCCAUUCCAGCCAUUGCAAUGAGCCUGUCCUCCUAUAGCACCUCCCACCAGCCUCCUCUGGUUUACACCAACGCAGACACAGUACAAACACAAGGCUAAGCGUGUGCAAGUACACACACACUCCACCUUUUUCGGUCUUGAAACCGAUGGCUACCUAAAAUUGGAUUCCCACUCAGCUGUACUCUUUUCUGCCGAUCCCCUAGAUUUACUUGCUAUCAGUCCUUUCUGGCGAGAGGAACACCUCCUCCAUGUAAUAUAUGGAUAUGGAGGAUUAUACCUGUGUCCUACUCCAAGCCUGUGAACAAGCAAUAGGAGCACUGUAGAGUAUUUACAUACCUGUUGGUUUAUGCAUGUCUGUACAUGUGAAAAUGCUCUGUUCCUCAGUGUCCAGAUUGUGAAUGUACAGAGGAGAGGUGCGGUUGCUUGUUGUUGCACCACGGUUUCAGAGUGGAACCUCAGGGUAGACUAUCUUAUGUGUGCAUCCCCAGUGUGAACCAUGAUCUUGUCACACCUCCACGAUGCUGGCAACAGCCCUUUCUGCAAUUCCCUCAUGUUUUUAUGGAGCUUCCUCAGUUUAAUGUGAUCUCCCAUUUCUUUAACACUAGAAAAUCCUGGCCUCGAGGGACCAAACGAGUCAUUUUGACUCCAACAUUCUAAGUCUAACAAGUACAUUUCAUAUAUGCUAUCGGAUAAAUAAUAUUUUGGUUGUGUUUAUGUAUGUCUUGUGUAACAUCAGAAUACGAAAAAAAAAUAAUUUCAAAGAACAAAAUAGAAUUUUCAUUCGUUUAUGUUACUGUAGGCUAUCUGUUGCCUAAUGUUCAAGUGUGGAGCUCAUGGAACAGUGGUUGUUAUUGGGAAACGUGAUAUUUGGAAAUGGAGCUAAUUCUGGAUACUAUAUCGAAAACAAAACGUCUGUGUGACUGUAGGAGGAUUUGAAAAAGUCACUUUUUGGCACUCUGAAAAAGACAUGUCCUCUUAAAACUGCUUAUAACACGCAUUCUGUUUGUGAUAUCGAAAUGAUAAAAUAUGUGUGUUAAACAGACUUAUUUAGGAAAAGUCAAGGACAGACUUAAAAAAUGGCAGAGAUAUUUCAAUUUAAAAUUCAUAUUAAGUCAAAAUUACUCACUUGCCUCUUCUAGUGCUAAAACAGUGCAUUUAAAGUGAAUCCCUUGCUAUGCUGUGUUUUAUCCUAUAAAAUGCAGUUUUGCUAUGAGCAGAGAUUAUUUAGUACAGUAUACAUAUAACAGCUCUAUGCAAAUUCUACAGGUUUUAUAAGCUAAGCAUUUUCAAGUUGUUCAGGCAGACAGUUUAUCAGAAGAUGGUCCAAGUAAUUUUUAAUUUUUUUUAUGUAUUCUGAUAUGUCACUGUGUUGAUAUGUAGCUAUGUUGAUAUGUCAUGAUGUUGACUGCGUACAAUGAAGCCUUGUUCUGGUUAUACCAGCAAGCUCGGGUCUGCUGCAGCAUGGAGAGAGGUUUUCAACAAAACAGCGAGAUGCACAGAAUAGCAAGGCGCAAGCGAAGGGGUGUAAAUUGGCAAACACGUUGCCCGGCCCCUUCCUCUUCCCUUGCCAACGGAGUGCAAUGGCCAUUUGGUAUUACUUGAUGGCAGUGCGGCUGCGGUCGUCGCCCUUGGAGACAGACCGCCGGCGUGCGGCCCAAAGAUGCGUGUCCUUCGUGACCGCGUGCACUCAAGGCAGACGCCUGGACCUUUGAUUACGUUUAGUAUCUCCAACUUACUUUUGAAAUCACUUGCUUUAAAUAAAUAAAAAACGCUUCUUUAUUAAAACUGGGGCUGUGAAGCUGUCAUCUAUUGGUAUGUAGCGGGGCGCAAUACUUAUUUACAUAGGCACUCUGGAGCAAAGGCCCUCUGCAAUGAUCUAAACACCCCAUGCGGUUGGCUGGUUUGCGCCACCCAUGUGAUGAUGCAACACUGCCAAACAGGUGCGAAGGCCAGUGUUGAUGCUGUGCCAUGCUGAGGGGUGUGCUUUGUCACUAAAGGCCCCUUUAUAAGAAGGGUGUCACAGCAAGGGGGAGGGCCAGUGGCCCCUAUGGUGCUAAUGCUGUACAUUGGUGCUUUUUUUUAAGGGUCAACCUUGCUUUGAUUGCCAAGAAGGCAGAGUUACAAGCUAGGAACGUGCACAGAUCAUUCGGCUUUUUGGAUCACGGUUCUAUCUUCCAUGUCCAGCGCAAACAGGAGUGUUUACGUCGAAAAAUAUGUGUUGGGACACUGCAGCAAACCUUGGCUUCGGCUGAGAAAAAAAGUGGAGCCAAUGCAUGGACUCCAAAGGUGCGCGCUGAAAUCACGCCUCUGGAUAGUGUCCCAUUACAUGGAAUGAACUUGAGGGGAGGGCCAACUCAACAUGGUAGACGCCACUCUUUAUAGGAGGGAGGUCGUGCUCUCCAGUUGAAAGAAUGCUUUCAAAGUUGGAGAGGUGUUUAGGGUGGGGCACUUUGACUUGAUCAGAUGAUGAUUUGUUGAUCAAGAAAAGCUGUUUUCUUUUUAAUUAGAUCUAGAGAUGUCCUGUCAUUGACUCCCACCACAAUACACUGCUUCUUUGUCUGUGUUUGACUCUUUCCCAUGACCGCGCUGUUCAUCUUUCUGUAUUCAGGAGUAUUAAACAAAUGCAAAAACUUCA